GCGCGAAUGUCACGACUCGUGGCGAUUUGGGUCACCGCUUUGUCGAAGGAUUCAAUAAAAUUACACACUACCUUACAGAGCUCUGGAUGUCCGAGCAACAGGUAAAACAUACUAAGCUUACCGCCUCUAACUGUCAAAUCUCUUUUCCCAAUUGCUGAAACUGCCGUCGUUGAAUAUUUGAAACAAAAAAACAAGUUCUUAGCAUUUGCACGAUAUUUCGCAACGUUUGCUAAAUCUGCUUGAAACAUGAAACUAAGUUUAAGUUUAGCGUGAUUAGAGAAAGUGUAUGCUAAUUAAUAGUGCAAAGUAUUGAUCAAUUGUUUCAACGUGAUUCUAAAUAUAAAAUUCCGUUGGGAAGACAAAGUUCGCGCGCAAUACGGGCGCAGGCAGGUAGUGUGGGCGCGCGGUCGAGGCGCGGCGGGCGGGCGGCGGCGGCAUAUCGAUUCCGCAGCGCCUUCAGUCGGCGUCCGUCGAGCGCCGCGCUGCGCCGAGCCGGCGGCGAGCGGGCGUCGCCCCUCCCUCGGCCCGCACCCUGCCCCCUCCGCCCUCGUCCACCGAAUCUCUCGUCGCCCGUCGCCGGCAAACUCGAACGACCUCUUUCCGCUAACUAACGUCGCACCGCGCCCGCCGGCCGCCGCGGAACUACGCUCGAUCGCUAAGCGGCUGACUUUUCCAACUAUAUAAAAAUAACUUGAUUUCGAAUCGUAAAAAGAGAAACUUUCACACGAUAGUAUCCUAGCAACGUCAGGACGAUGUUUGAGAGUGCGUUGUUAUGGCGUAGGAUCUAAGUGGUCGGUAGUUCGGUGGUGGUGCGAGUGAUGUGGUGUGCGCGGCGGCGAGCAUGGUCGGCGCGGGGUGCGCGUGCGCCGGGCGGCGCGUAGGAUGGACUGCUGCAACUACGAGUACCGCGCGGGCGGGGGGUACGCCCCGCCCGGCUGGGAGGGCUACGCGCCGUACGCGCCGCUGUACGCGCCGUACGCGCACGGCUACUACGCGCACGCGCAUCAUGACCCCUACGCACGCUACUACCGCUACGACUACCCGCACCACGCACACCAUAAUGAUCAUGUCUCCCCGAUGGACUAUGGCGCUUACGCGACGAAAGAGGCGCGCGUGCGGCGCGCGCUGGCGCGGCGAGAUGCGCGCGCGCUGCCGGCGCAACACCUGCCUCUCACGCCUACGCCUCCUUUAGAACAUGGGCUGAACAAUCGCGGCUCUUCUUACUGUGAAUCGCAAAUGUGGUCACAUUAUCAGAUGGGAGCGAUGAGUGGCGGCUGGAGUGGUAGCGGGCCGGGUGGCGCGUGGGCAGCGCGAGGCACGUGCGCCCGCGACCUUCCACGCUACCCGCCUGACUGCCGGCCGCUCAAGGGACCCCAGCUGCAUCUCCAAAAUCAAAUGUGCGCUUCCGAAGGGCGAUCGACGCCUUACCCAGUGUAUGAAGACUCUCCGUAUAGCGGUCAGAAUGGGCGCAAGCCGAGUCCUGCGCCGCGUCCCGGCCCGGCCGCGGAGCGCGCGCGCGAGCGCCUCUCCACCGAGCCCAGGCGGUCACCUCCGCCCGAGCCUAGGCCGCCCGUAGUGCCUCUACCCGCGUUCCAGCAGGCCUUCGGCUCCACCGAAAUCGGAAAGUUUGCGGAGGCAUUCAGCCGCACGGAGGUCGCGCUCGAGGACGCCUCGGAGAGCUUUGGCUACGAGUCCUUCCCCGAGUGGGACGCGCCCGAGCCGCAGUGGUCCUCCCAACCUGCCGCGCGAGAGGUCAAAUGCGAAGACACCUUUUGAGCUGUCUUCGCUCUAGUGCUAAUUCUCGGCGUAAGCCGACUAGUUAAUUAGACAAUGUUUAGUUCCACCACCUUGUUGCCAAAAUGAUUAGAGAUGGAGUUCGAUAUCUUAGAACUUUAGGAUGUGAUACCAAAUUUACAAACGUGUACGAAUAAUGAAUCGGCCGGUAAAAUAGUGGUGUGUCGUUUACUUUAUAUGAAGUAGCAUAAUGUUAUUGUUCCCUUUGACUAGUUUUAGACUCACCUUAAUGAGAUGAACAAAGUAACUUACUGAUAAAGGGAUGUAGGGAUUAAGGUACUGCAAUGCAUAGUAGAACAAAUAAAUCAUGACUAAAUGUGCCUUUAUUCGGAGAGCCCGGCCCUAGCGCGCCCUCGCCCCCGCCCCCCGCCCGCAGCGCGCCGUCGUGGAUGACGUCAUACAAUAGCAAUUAUUGGGACCAACGUUUAGACAAAUAUACACCACCCAGUCGCAUACACGACCGAUGCUCACAUGCACCCUUCAGCAACGUUGUUCUUUACGCAGCAGGAACAUUACAACAUCAGUUACCUAGGUUAGACAAUGAUC